AUGGGGAAGCAGAACAGCAAACUGCGCCCUGAGAUGCUCCAGGACCUGCGGGAAAACACCGAGUUCUCCGACCUGGAGCUGCAGGGCUGGUACAAGGGCUUCUUGAAGGACUGUCCCUCAGGCAUCCUCAACGUGGAGGAGUUCAAGAAGAUCUACGCCAACUUCUUCCCCUACGGUGACGCCUCCAAGUUUGCCGAGCACGUCUUCCGCACCUUUGAUACCAACGGCGACGGCACCAUCGACUUCCGAGAGUUCAUCAUCGCGCUGAGCGUCACCUCCCGCGGGAAGCUGGAGCAGAAGCUCAUGUGGGCCUUCAGCAUGUACGACCUGGAUGGCAACGGCUACAUCAGUCGGGCGGAGAUGCUGGACGGGCCCCCUCAUCCCUCUGCAGCUCCUAGUGUGUGA